AUGGUUCAACAGGCUUCUUUGGACUUCAACUCAAAGAUUUUUGGAAAUAUUUUUGUGCGAAAAAAUAAGCUGGAAUAUCAGAUUGAUCAGAUUCAACGGCGUUUGGAGGUUACUGAUGUGUUAUCUCUGAGAAUUAAAGAAGCUGAACUGAGGGAAGAUUAUAAUAGGCUUUUAUUGCAAGAGGAACUUUUUUGGUACCAGAAAUCUAGAGAGCAGUGGGUCAAGUAUGGGGAUAGAAACACUAAAUUCUUUCAUCUUCAGACUUUGGUGCGUAGAAACCAUAAUAGAGUACAUGGAUUAUAUGUUAGAGAUGGGUCUUGGUCUACUGAUCCAGAUAUUCUCCAGGAAGAAGCCCUCUCUUUUUACAAGAAUCUCUUUGGUACAACGGAAGAGGUUGAGGUUGAUUGUUUAGGGGAUGUUCCGAUGCCCACUCUAAGCACUGAGGCUUGUGCUAGGUUAAUUGACCCUGUCUCUUUUGCGGAAAAGUCAGCAGUAUUCAGUAUGAGCCCUUUUAAGGCUCCUGGUCCAGAUGGCUUUCAAGCUUAUUUUUUUAAAGAAUAUUGGGAGAUAGUAGGCACUGAGAUUUGGAAUAUUGUCCGGAGCGCUUUUUUGGGAGAGUUCUUAAAUCCUAGCAUCAUGGAAACUCUGAUUGUGCUUAUUCCUAAAAUUGAUAAUCCUACCUUUAUGAAGGAUUUCAGGCCUAUUAGCUUGUCUUAUGAUAGGGUUGAUUGGAGGUUUUUGAAGAGUACUCUCGUUGCUUUUGGUUUUCCUAUCAUCACUGUUAAUUUGAUUAUGACUUGUGUCCGUGCAUCAUCUCUUUCUAUUAUGUGGAAUGGAAAUAGAUUGGAUAGUUUUGCUCCUAGAAGGGGGCUUAGACAGGGCGAUCCAAUGUCUCCUUACUUAUUUGUGCUUUGUAUGGAAAGACUUGCCUGCUAUAUAUCUCAUAAGGUGGUCGAGGGUGUGUGGAAACCAGUUUCUGUCACUAGGGGUGGCCCAAAAUUUUCUCAUUUGAUGUUUGCAGAUGAUCUCUUACUCUUCUGCCAGGCUACAAAAAGUCAGGUCCAAAUGGUCAUGCAUUCUCUUAACAUUUUUUGCAAGGCAUCUGGCAUGAAAGUGAAUCUUGAAAAGUCUAAAGCUUUUUAUUCUAAAAAUGUGACUGCUCGUAGAAGAGAUAUUUUUACUAGUGUUUCUUCAAUACGUUUUGCUUUGGACUUAGGAAGAUAUCUUGGAGUUAACCUUAAUCAUUCUCGUACCAAUAGGGCUUCUUUUCAUUCGGUGAUUGAAAAGGUAUCUUUUUUUCCAAAUUGGGUUUGCGAUAAAUUAUCUUCUAUGAUGAGACAGUUCCUUUGGAAGGGUCAAGUUGAUGGUAAAGGUCUUUCUCUUGUUAAUUGGAGGACCGACAAGCCUUGGGUUGCUCUAUUGAGGGCGAAGUAUCUGAGGAAUGAGGGAGUUUUAGAUGGCCCUGUCCCUUACAAUGCUUCUCAUGUUUGGAAGAGUAUCUCAAAGGCUUUUGGUGCUCUUAAGGAUGCCUUCUCUUGGUGGGUUGGGUCACUUGAUCAAUCUUUUUGGUUUGACAAUUGGAAAGAUGUCAAACAGCGUUUGAAUGCUUAUAAUCCGGAUUUGAAUGCUGGAGAGAGUUCGGGUUGGUCGUGGGGUGUGGCAUCUUCUAGACUCGACUCAGCUAGGAGUGGUCUUCAUAAUGCUAUUCCUACGGCAGAGUUUUGUUUGGGUCAUGGUUUAGCUUUAUCUAGCACCUGUCAUCGGUGUCAGAAUGGUUCUGAAUCCAUUCUUCAUUGUCUUCGGGAGUGCCCUAGUGCCAAGGAGGUCUGGACCCUUUUAGGCCUGUAUUCAGAUAACUCGAAUUUACAUGAUUGGCUCUACAGAGGUGCAAGGAGUGGAUAUGUUUUUCUUUCCUUUUCGACCAUCUGGUGGAUUUGGAGAAGCAGGAAUCAUGACUUAUUUAAUAUAGAUGAUUCAUGGAGUGCUAGUAAAGUGGUGAAUUUGAUUCGUAGUUCAGUAAGGGAGUUUCACACUAUUUUUGCUAUGCAUCAAUCUUUGUCUCCUCCUUCACUUUGUUUGCAUUGGGUUCCACCUCCAGUUCAUUCUGUUAAAUUGAAUUGUGAUGCUAGUUGGUUUGCUCCUUCUGGCUAUGCUGGUUUUGGUUGUAUUAUUCGCAAUCCUGAUGGAUGUUGGUUGAAAGAUUGCACUGGAAAAGUCGAAGUGUGCAGUGUUCUUUUUGCUGAAUUGUAUGCAAUUUGGAGAGGUUUACUUCUUACUUGGGAGAGUGAAUUUCGUGAGGUUAUUUGUGAAACAGACUGUUUAGAAGCUCUUUUUUUGAGGACUACAAAUAGUGUUGCAGAUUGUAUGGCUAAAGCAGCUGCUUCUGUCGCAGACAUUCACUCGAAUUGGAGCCAACCAUGGAAUGAGCUUCAACAUCUAAUAGAUUUAGAUAUGACCCUAACCAAUUAA